UAUUAAUCUGUGGUAAUUACGAAUUGUGUUUAUUCUUUAGAAUUUCUCUAAUCUGUCUUGUUUGUCUCCGAUAAUUGUCAUAUGUUUGAUAAGAAAUAAAUAGAAAUAGUUAUAAAAAAAAGCAAAACAGACAAUUAAAAUUAAAGCAUCGAAUGAAGUCUACAAAAUAAAAAUGAGUAAGAAAGCUAUAUCUUUUGGUAAAAUCAGUCUCAAUCUAAAUAAAAGCCUCGACACUAACCAAAACAAAGAUGAACCGUCAACCACUGGAUUUGGGACUUUCGGGCGCACACCCAUACAAGAGCAUAAGGAAAUUGAAGAAAUAGCUGAAGACUUGGAAAACCAGCAUGUGCAACAGGUUAUGGGCAUUAAAAAUUUCGGUAAGAAAGCGAAGAACUUCAACAUUGAAGAAAUGAUGGAGCAAGCCAGAAAAACAGCUUCUGAAGUGAAUAAGAGGAAACUUGAAACUGAAGACGUCAGUAAACCUGUGGAAACCCCGGAAAAACCUGAGAGUGAUGAUGAGGACUUGAUAGGUCCACCUUUACCACCAGGAAUGAGUCCAGAUGUACAAGCUACACCAGAGACAAGCAAACAGACAGACUCUGAUAAAAAUAAAGAAGAUAAGAGUGGUGAAGACAGUUAUGAUGAAUUGAGUGGAUCUGAUGAUGAAGAGUUAAGCCUGGAGAAAAGGAUACCUUAUACUCAUGAGGUGGAAAUGCAGCAUGGUACAAAAGCAGUGGUUGCACUGGCUGUGGAUCCUUCUGGUGCCAGAUUAGCAACUGGAUCUAUUGAUUAUGAUGUCUCGUUCUGGGAUUUUGCUGGUAUGGACUCGUCUCUCCGCUCCUUCCGCACCCUGCAACCAUGCGAGAACCAUCCAAUAAAAGCGCUACAGUACUCUGCCACCGGGGACUCCAUCCUGGUGGUGAGCGGUUCAGCUCAAGCAAAAGUUCUGGAUCGGGACGGAUUCGAAGUGCUCGAGUGUGUCAAAGGAGACCAGUACAUAACGGAUAUGGCAAGAACAAAAGGUCACACCGCCUCACUGAACAGCGGUUGCUGGCACCCACACAUCCGGGAAGAAUUCAUGACAUGCUCCCAAGAUGGCACACUCCGAUUGUGGCUUACAGAAAACCCGAAGCAACAUAAAGCAGUCAUCAAACCGCGCCAGCAAGGCGGUCUCAAGACUAGUCCGACCACUUGCGUCUUCUCGCGGGAUGGCAACACUGUAGCAUGCGGCUGCUACGACGGCUCCAUACAAAUGUGGGACCACAGAAGGAACUUUGUCAAUACAACAUUACUACUCAGAGAUGCGCAUCAAAAACAGUCGGAAAUCUCGAGUAUAGCGUACUCUUACUUAGGAUCGUAUUUGGCCACUAGAGGUAAUGACGACACAUUAAAGUUAUGGGAUCUGAGAAAUUUCAAGAAACCAUUAAAGGUGUUUGACAACUUGUUUUCGAGAUACGAACAGACCGACUGCUCUUUCAGUCCAGAUGACACCAUGGUGUUCACCGGAGAGUCGUUGCAGAAGGGGCAAGACGCUGGAAGGUUAUUGUUCUACAAUACAAAGACAUACGAAGAAGUUAUGCAUAUAGAUGUAACCAAGUCGCACGUGAUAAAAAGCAUAUGGCACCCGAAAUUGAACCAAAUAUUCGUUGGAUGCGGCAACGGAGUAGUCAAGUGUUAUUACGAUCAGAAACGAAGCUUGAGAGGUGCGAAACUGUGUGUGGUUAAAGUUCACAGGAAGAAACAUUCAGUUGAAGUCGUUAGCUCUCAGCAGAUCAUAACUCCUCACGCCUUACCACUCUUCAGGCAGGAAAAGUUACGUACAAGCAAGAAAAAGAUGGAGAAAGACCGGUUGGACCCUGUCAAGUCUAGACGGCCAGAUUUACCCAUUACGUCCGGUCAGGGUGGUAGAGUUGCUGCUUCUGGGAGCACGCUGAGCUCUUUCGUUAUUAGGAAUUUAGGGUUAAGUAAAAGGGUCGACGACGAACAAGACCCAAGGGAGGCCAUUUUGAAAUAUGCAAAGGAGGCAGAGGAAAAUCCCUUCUGGGUUGCGCCGGCGUAUAAGAAAACACAACCACAAACUAUAUUCCAGUAUAAUGAGGAAGGUGAGGACGGCCCGUCAGACGCUAAGAAGCAAAAGCAGACGUAGAAUUAUUUAAAUAAAUUUAUUUAUAUAUUAA